CAAUUCGAAAAGAAGAAAAAGAAAAUAAUUAAUUAAUUAAAAAAAAAGAAAACGAAAAAGACACUUUUACUUUGUUUUAUUAUUUCAUUUUGCGUUCUUUAAUAGAAAAACAUGGCAAGGAUUUCACUAGCGUUAUGUCUGAUGUUAGUAGUAACAUCAAGUGUGAUUUAUGAAGCGCGAGGGCAUUUCUUGUUGAAGGAUUACUUGAAGACUAAAUUUCCAAGCAAGAGCAGCGAAUUUACGCCAUACGUUAACAGGGGUUUGACAGAGUUCUUGACCGACCUUGAACGUUUUUGUCCACCGACUCCAGAGUUCAAAAGUUUCUUCACAGAGUUCAAGUCUUUCUUUAGCUCCAUCGAAACGUCAUCGUCCACAUCACAAAACGUCGACGUCGAGAAAAAAGGUGACGGGCUUUUCAAAGCUGUGUCUGCAAUAACUGGUGGUGCAGGCCAACAAUCUGCGGAAGCAGGGAGUUUCAAAUCUACCAUGAUCUCUAUGGCAAAGACUUUGGUUGAGCAGAAAAAGAGUACAACGACGAUAACGUCUACUGAAAAGAAAACGCUAGUCACAUCGAUGGUGCAGUGGACUAAAACGAUUGCUACAACCGUGAAGACGGCUUGUGAGAAGAAAGGAAAGAAAAUCGACAUAAACUCUUUUGGACUUAACGUUGAUGUUAACUCUGUCAUGACUGUUAGUGAAAGCCGCCAGAGUAGCUCUUCAUCCUCCAAAUCCAGUCAUGAAUCCUCAUCAAAAUCUUCAACUUAUGCCGCUAGAGCGGAGACUGCCGCUUCAGCAAAGGCUAAAGAAACCAGCGGUGCUAGAGCAGAGACUGGCGCUACAGCAAAGGCUAAAGAAAACACCGGUGCAAGCGCCGAGAAGGAUGAGAAGGCUGAAAAGAAGGCUGAGAAGAAGGCUGAGAAGGCUGAGAAGAAGGCUGAGAAGAAUGAGCAGAAGGCUGAGAAGAAUGAGCAGAAGGCUGCUACUUCAUCAGCCAAAACCAAAGAAGCCUCCUCGACCAAAGCUGGUGCAGCUUUCAGAGACACGACAGGUGGAUCUGCGGGAAGCCCGAGAGGAAGUCCCACUGCUGGUAAGGAUAAAACCGCAGGAAGCCCGAGAGGAAGCCCCACUGCUGCUAAGGAGAAAACCUCUGUCAAAGGAACCGGAAACGCUGCUGGUUCCGUGAACCAACAACAAUCCAACGCUGGAAGCAGCAGAGGAAGUGGAAGUGCUGCUGCUUCCACGAACCAACAACAAUCCAACGCUGCAAGCAGAGGAAGUGCUGCUUCCACGAACCAAGAAUCGAAGAAAACGGCGAGCUCAAAGUCAUCAUCGACCACAUCAGUGACAGAAAUCGAGAAAGAGACUUCACAAGAAACAAUGUCAUUCAUAUCAGGACUUGAGAAGAGGUUUGCACAAAAGGCAGAACUCAAACCCUUCUUCGAGAAGCUCAAGGCUUCCAUGACUGCCUCCUCAAGGGUUUCUUCCACCAAGUCCGAACAAGAAUAUACUAAUACAGCCAAAUCAACCACUGGUAAACUAUCUGAUGCCAUGACUUUCGUCGGUUCAAGAUUUAGCAAAUCAGCAGAGAUGAAGAGCACCAUCCAGACUACCCAACAACAAUUGAUCAAGAAUCUUCAACAAUUUCAAAAUCUCAACAGCCAAAUCGUGGGCGAACAGAAAGUAUCAUCGACAAAAGAGACAGAGAUUAAGAAGACCAUGUCAAAGAUUGAACAAGUCACAACCCAGUUUGUCGAGACUGCUGCUUCUUCAAGCUCGUCUUCAUCUAAGCAAGAGACCGCUGCUUCUCAGCAGUCUCAGAAGCAGACCAUGGCCUCAUCUAAGAAAGAGACCGCUGCUUCUUCUCAGCAACAGACCCAGCAACAGACCCAGCAGCAGACCCAGCAACAGACCCAGCAGGAGAACGGUAUGGGUAGGCUCAAGACCAAUUAAGAAGCUGUACGUACUAAUACGCGGAAAAUCAGCAGGAAUGACAAUCCAGUAAUGCCAAAUAUUUAUUUAUUAUAAUUAGUAGCUAAACUAUCAGAUAUAUUUUUUUUGUAUAUAAAACUAAGAUCGGUAUAGGCCAGCAGUGUCUAGCUAAAGACCGACGUAUGCAUGUAAUAACUCUGUAAGACAAUACAGAUAGAAUGUAACCGCUCUGUAUGUUACAUACAGAAGCGAGUGAUUCCUAUAAAAAGGAUUUUGAAUAA